GACUGGGUACCUGUGCGAGUGGUCCAAGGCGAUUCCUCGCUGGGCCGAGGUGCAGAAGGAUGUGGACCCGAUCGCAGAUCUUCUUGCUACGCUGGUCGAUCUGUCGGAUCAGCAUGUGGAGCAGGCAUGGAGCUUGCAGGAUGGCCUGGCCCUGCUUUUCAGAUUUUUGCAGACCGAUGCUUUUGCACGUGGGUCCUUCUGGAUCUGCAGCGGUCCUGCAGUCCUCUGCGCAAUGCUUCACAUCAUUGAGCCCGAACAUCAGAUGCUUGUCUGGCAUUGUCGACAUCUUCUUGACGGAAUGGGAGCCCAGUCCAACAGCACGUCUACAGCAGUGCUUGGGCUCUUGCGGACUAUGAUGUCGGUGCCGAG